CAUUGUCGUUGAUGACUCAGUGCAUCAUCCAUCACCAUUAUUCGAUCCAACCCGGCGAGGUACCGGACUUUCCAAGAUGGAGUGGUCGACAUACAUCUGGAUCGCAGUUGCUCUUUUCAUGCUCGCGCGCACGUUGCUCGCGGAUCGCUCGCCCAUCCCCGAGACGUCGGGCAAGGUCUUCAAGGUAUCCAGCACCGCGGAGCUGGACACCGUCCUGGCCUCCAACAAACAUGUCGUGGUCGACUUUUACGCGGACUGGUGCCCGCCCUGCCGCGCCAUCGCGCCCAUCUUCUCCGAGCUGGCCGAUAACCACGCCUCCGACGGUCGCCUGGCCUUUGCCAAGGUGAAUGUCGACCACGUGAACGCGGUCGCCGGGCGGUACAAUGUCACUGCUAUGCCGACCUUUGUCUUCUUCCAAAACGGCAAGCCCCAGGGUGUAAAGGUGGAGGGCGUCAGUCCCAAACAGACUGUUGUCAUGAGUAGUGAGGGCCUAGUGGAAAGGGUGAGGGGCGCGGACAGGGCGAGCCUGCAAGCAGUCGUUCGGGCCUUGGCUAGCGAAGGAGGGCAAGGCUCAAAGAAGGAGUAAUGAGGUGCACCUGGUCAGAGCCAUGAAUAAGUCAACCUUAACAGAGGAGUCUCCAUAGGGCGAGUUUACCCCUAACUGUCGACGCAAUCAAGUCCGUGUCCAUUUCGUUGCCAUACUCCAGCUACUUCCUCUCCAUCCAAACCAAGAUUGAUUUCAGAAAUGGGCGAGCGAGCUGUAAGACAAGGAACCGUCCACUGUAUAUUAGCAUUCUUUUGCGGAAGUAUUACGAAGCAGUAUCACUCAAGGGGCAGUUCAUGCAAUUAAAAGCGGCUUGUUACUUAAUAUAGUGCCGCGCCACGAGGCGCUUCUAAAUGCUGCAUGUCUAAGUUGGAUUCAAUAAUCGUGCCA